AUGGUUCAGAGUUUCUCAGCUAACUCUCAUCACCGUCUUCGUAACCAAAAUAUGGCUGACGCGAAAGCGCCUAAUAUCAUUGGUGUUAAUAAGAGUACCAUCAACUCACUAUUCUUGUCAUUCAGAGAUUCCAUCGAUAUUCAUAAGGGAACGUAUAAUCAAGUCCUCAAGAGAUAUUACAGCAUUGAGCAAGAAAUUGAUAUACACCGCCCACAGAAACCGCUGAAAUCGAUACUCGACGAAGCGCAAACGAAAAUAUCCGAAAUACUCGAGUCGUUUAGGCGGAUUUCUGUUGAAUUAGAAGAAUACAUAGAGGCCAUUUCUUUCCUUGAGUAUUUGGAAAAUGGUGUACUGAUUACCAAAGAAGGUGUUGAAAAACAAUUUAAGGAUGCGGAUGGAAACCAGUUUUUGCAAAUCACCUACGACGAUUACUUGCUGGGCGUCGCCGAUCUAACCGGAGAACUGAUGAGGUAUGCGAUCAAUUGCAUAGGCGCGGGAAACCACGAUCAGGCGCUGAAGGGAUUGGCGGCGGGUCGUAGGUUUUGUGAUACAUCUUUUACGCAAAUGAAGAAGAAAUUGACGGUGAAGUAA